AUGGCGGUCUUAUUGUUGUUUGAAAAUGGCUUCGCGUUUCCCAGGGCUCUCGAAACCAUUCGCAAUAUCGAAUUAAAUCUGAAUCAGUUCGGGAAAGUCAGCCCACAUUCAUAUUCGACGUUGGCUUUGGUGGUGUCAAGGUGGGUCUCCUUUCUCUCUUUCAUUUUUUUCUGACUUCUCAUAAAAAAAUAGUUUGAGAUAUAUAGAAUUGCAGAAUGCUCCGUGUCUUCACUCUUCUCUUGUUGGCCACCACAAUCUUCGCCUAUCCCGUCUCCAAUGAUGAUUUUCUGGAGGAAGCUUACGGCGACUACUACUUCGCUCGACCCGACAACUUCCACUUCAUCGAGAAAUCCACCGAUUUGAAUGAGCGCAAGCGUUUCGGAAAAGCUAUCCUAUUCGGAUUUCCAAUGAUUUUCGAAGGCGUAAAAUCAGUGUGGGAUAUGAUCUUCAAUCGCGGCGGAUGA